AUGUCCGCUCGCCGCGACUCCGGCACUUUUGCUGCCGCUGCUGUUGCCUCUGGCCCGGCUUUCUCUCCCGGUUGUCCUGUGUCCGGCGAGGUCGAAACUCCUCUUGCUGAAGCUAAUGAUCAACUGUUUGCUAUGUCACGUCUAGAUGACGCUUACCCGGUGCUCAUGCUGUGUCGCCUGCUUCUUCUAUCUAUGAGGAUAUAUCUAUUGGCCAUUGGCCUUAGAAGACACCAUUUCUGCUAUAGAGGUUGUGCUUGCCCACCUCUGCCAGGCGGAGAGUCGGAUGAGCAGGGCCUGACUGGUGGCUUUGGGGUUUUGUUUCCUGUGUUCCCUUUUGUAGGAAGAGCAUUCUCCAUGUCCACUUAA